AUGGUGCAUCUCGUCCGAGUUGCCACCUGUGCGCUCAACCAAUGGGCUCUUGACUUUGAGAACAAUCUCCGGAGGAUUAAACAGAGUAUUCACGAGGCUAAGACAGAGGGUGCAACUUUACGAGUCGGCCCCGAGCUCGAGAUUACGGGAUACGGAUGCUUGGACCACUUGCUCGAGAACGAGGUGUACGAAAAUUCAUGGGAUUCGCUUUACUCCAUCCUGACUGAUGAAACUCUCCAUGGCAUUAUAAUUGAUGUAGGGCUUCCUCUACUUCACCGCAACUGUAGGUAUAAUGCGCGCGCCAUCAUUCUUGACGGGAAGAUCCUCUGCUUUCGGCCAAAGCUAUAUCUUGCCAACGAUGGAAAUUUCCGCGAGAUGCGCUUCUUCACGCCGUGGAAGAGACCGCGGUACGUUGAGCAGUACUUUCUCCCACCUCGGAUCCAGGAGCACCAAGGCUGUCGCCAGGUCCCUAUCGGCGAUGUGGUUCUUUCUACCAUCGAUACUUGUCUAGCUGCCGAGACCUGCGAGGAGCUCUUUACGCCAAACAGCCCUCAUAUCGAAAUGGGCCUCAAUGGCGUCGAGAUAUUCACAAACAGCAGCGGGAGCCACCACUCUCUUCGCAAGUUGGAUGAGCGCAUUGCGCUUAUUUCAGAGGCUACUCGAAAGAACGGAGGUGUCUAUCUUUAUUCCAACCAGAUAGGUUGUGAUGGCGACAGACUAUACUAUGAUGGCUGUGCUAUGAUCUUUGUCAACGGAAAACUAGUUGCGCAGUCGUCUCAAUUCUCCCUAAAUGAAGUCGAAGUCAUUGUGGCAACAGUAGACCUUGAGGACGUCAGAGCUGCCCGAUGCUCCCCGUCACGCGGCCAACAAGCCGUUCAAGCCCAAGAGUAUCAGCGAAUCGAGGUUGAUUUCAUCUUGAGCAGCAACGAAGACAGUUUACUGUGGGAACCGACACCUCCACGCCCGCCGCGGUAUCAUCUCCCCGAAGAAGAAAUCGCCCUCGGUCCCGCUUGUUGGCUAUGGGACUACCUCCGCAGGUCCAGAGCCGCGGGGUUUCAACUCGCUUUGAGCGGUGGUAUCGACAGUUGCGCAACUGCGACGAUUGUUUACUCCAUGUGCAGACUCGCUGUUGCCGCCGUGAAGCAAGGCAACCAGCAGGUCAUUACUGACAUGAAGCGCAUUGCUGUGUACUCGUCCGAAUUGCCUGAGUCGGCCGAGGCGCUCUGCAACCAGGUCCUGCAUACGGUAUAUCUGGGAAUGGAAGCCCAGAGCAGCAAGGAGACCCGUCAAAGAGCUCAUGAUCUGGCCGCACACAUUGGGGCAUACCACCAAGAUGUGAACAUCGACACCAUGUUCCAGUCGGCGAGGGACAUUCUCACCCAAGCUACUGGUUUCGCUCCCAAGUUCAAAGUUCAUGGGGGAUCGAACACGCAAAACCUGGCUCUCCAGAACAUUCAGGCUAGAUCACGAAUGGUCCUCACUUACUACUUCGCUCAACAACUAUGUGAAGUCAGAGAGCGGCCAGGGGGCGGUUCCUUGCUGGUCCUCGGAAGCUCCAACGUCGACGAGUGCCUGCGCGGAUAUUUAACCAAGUAUGAUUGCUCCUCUGCCGACAUCAACCCCAUCGGCUCGAUCAGUAAAGUCGAUCUCGUAAGAUUCAUCACCUGGUCAGUCAAGAACUUCAACAUGCCUGUUCUCCAGGAUUUCAUCGACGCUGUCCCUACAGCUGAGCUUGAGCCGAUCACGGCAGACUACGUUCAAUCCGAUGAGGCGGACAUGGGCUUCACCUAUAAAGAGCUAUCUAGAUUUGGCCAGCUCCGAAAGGUCAACAAGCUCGGCCCUUAUGGCUGUUUCCUCCGCCUCCUGAGCGAAUGGACGAAGGAGGGCAUGACACCGCGAGAGGUUGCCGAUAAGGUCAAGAGGUUCUUUCACUUUUACGCGAUCAAUCGACAUAAGCAGACAGUCGCAACUCCCGCGUACCAUAGCGAGUCCUACAGUCCUGAUGACCACCGAUUCGACCUCCGCCCAUUCGUAUACCCGCCCGCUUUUGAGAGCUGGUCAUUCAGGAAGAUCGAUGAACGGAUUGAGGCGCUGGAGAAGAAGAGCCGAAACACGGCUUGA